CAUAACUUAUAUCUUCUACCCACGGGGACGAAGUCGCGGGCAACAGCUAGUUUUACAGAAUUUUGUUCCUCUCUUAUAUUCAAAGUGCGAUAUUUUUUUGGGUAUCCCUUAGAUAUCCAUUUAAGACAUUUGAUAAACAACAGUUUUUAGUCUCUGAGGUAUAGUAUUUAUGCCUCGCAAAUUUAGAUCUUGUAAUACUAAAUAAAAAUUAAGCGUUGUUUAUAUUAAAGUCAGGUUACUAUUAUAUUUCUAAAUGUGGCAAUCGGCAACCAGAAACAAAACGGUUUAUUUUUCAGCUGCAGCAAUCGAAUAUGUAUUAAAUUACAGUAACAGUUUGUAAGCUCACGGGGCGGAGUGAAACUUGUUUAUGCCUUUGUUAGUCGCGGGGUUCGAUUCCCGUGUCGUGUCGUUGUCGGACGAUGGCCAGCGAUAAAUCGCGGCCGACACCUCCGAUACUACAAUGGGGAAAGAGAAAGUUCAGGAAAUAUCACGAGAUCGAGACGGGACAAAAAUACGCGUAAAUCGCGCAACUUUACUUACUGGUCCUCAUUACCGCCGCCGUAUUGUUUUCUAAAUGGAAAUGUAAUGUCAUUGUAAUCAGCGGCGACAGAUAUAAACUGCGAGUUGGGUAAUCAAGGAAAACAUAAAUAGUCUUAAUGGGUAGGCAGAGCCGCGAGUAAUAACUUUAUACUGUCUUAAAUAAGACAUUAUACAUGGCAUUGUUCGCACUCUCCAAUACGGAUCAAUUUAUGUGUGUGAGUGUAUACUGGAGUUUUUGUCGGCCCUCACGCGAGGCGGCGGAUUUGUAUGUGCACCGCGAAUGGCUAGUAAAUUAACAAGAUCACACAGAAAGUCAGGAAACUGUAACGAGACGGAAUGCUUCACGUCGAUCGGAUUCCCUCCAUUGGUCAUGUCGUGACAACCGGCCAUAUGAAGAGGCUCCCCGACCAGAACCACAUCAGUCCGGAACACGGCUUCAUCAUUCCAACGGCUUACACUUGAUUAAUAACGACAAUCUACUGACCGGGUCUUCUAGAUUCCUAUAUAAUUGUAUCAGCUUUCUUCCAUCUGUAUGGAUUGCUAUCGCUAAUUUCAAUCGUUUUCAGCCAAUUGAACAUUCUUAUCUUGUUUAUGGAAAUAAUUAUCGCAAUCAUACGAGUGCAGGAAAUUAUGUUGAUGAAAUAUGUGAUAGCCUACCCAUGUAUUGAUAAUAUCACGUUUGCCCUAGCAGAAGCUUUGCGCUCCAAUUUAAAGAACGGCGCAGGUCUGGACCUUAUAAAGGACGUUUGUUUCCUUGUAAAAGUUUCCAUGUUUGACCUAGUUAAUGCUUAGUAGAAAUGAUGACAUUCAUUAAGUUUUUAGGACGCGAUCUUUAUCAACAGACGCAGUUUGUGCAGAGUCUUAUUAUCUUCUAAGCACCACAACGACACAUAAUAACAACUGUGGUCGUCGUUAUCUCACCGCAAGUCGUCUCCAGAGCCCUGACUCGUCAACGCGACAAUUAUUUAAAUGAGCCCCGGUGCAUACAGUCGCACAGAAUGGUACCGUUGGCUCUACGUGAUCCUAGUGCCUAGCGGCUCUAUCGUUGCCCAUCAUUAUCUUCACAUUAACUCGGCAUCAGGAUGUGGCACGCUUUUGCGUUUCAAUAGACGCUACAUUUUAUGUUUAUUGUGUCAACCUGACACAAUACUCAGAACGUCGAGAAAGCCAAACAACGUCGCGACUUACAUGUCAUACAAAGUAUUUUUGCUGCAAACGUAAAUAUGCAGCUGCGCUUUAAGGAUCGCCGUCGGCCUCCAUAAAAAUGUCUCCAAGAUAAUCUAUGCUUUGAAUUCUCACGAGAAUCUUCAACACUAUUUACUCGUGUACGUGAAUUCAGGGUUCCGUAAAAGGUUUGAAUAAUUACAGCGCAUGCAGAAAAAGCGGUCAGAUUCCAUAGCUCGCAAUGUUCUGAAGCGCGAUGCAAUGUGCCGUUUUUGUUCAGGGAGAAAAAAUAUAGUUAGCCGGAGCGGGGUGUAGCGGUGGAGCCGAGGGGUUGAGAUGCGGCGGUGGAGCGCGCCGAGCUGUCCGCUGCGUCAGUGUCGCUGUGCCCCGAGCGAGCAGCGGUCGUGGUAGAGGGGCGUCUCGUGUCGCUCGCGUUAUUCACUACACUGUUAUUCGCGGUUCGCCAACGAAUGCGCACGUGUCGCCGGCUUUGAGCGCUGCAUUUAUUUACACAGUGUGCACCUGUGACCACGCAAAUAUUUGACGUGAUGUGAAAGACCAUUUUUUGGUUUUAACUGGUGUCCUAAAACUCGACCAAAUUUGUGUUCGUUCAGACGUGCUUAGUUAGUGCCAAGUUCUGUACUGUGCGUUUGGUGAUAUCGACGAUUCUUAGAGUUUUACAAACUCACUGCAUGUUUUGAAGUGUUCGAAUACGAAUUUCGGCGACAGCCAAGGCGUCAGCACCGAAAGUUGGAUGAACGCCAGCAUCUCCGGUGCUAAGCCCCAACCACUCGCCCAGGCGCCGCUGGCGCUGCCGCCGCCGACCGCCGCGCCCGCGCCGCCCGCCGCUCACGCGUCCGCUCCGCGCACCAUCGUCAUCCAGCGCCCCGACGCCAGGCACGGCUUCGGCUUCACGCUCAGACAUCUCGUCGUGUAUCCACCGGAUUCCUUACAGGUGGGUGAUCUGUACGAAGAUGCGCGCCACCUCGCGGUGGGCGCGGUGGGCGCUCCAAUGGACACGAUCUUCGUAAGGUCGGUGCGGCCGGGCGGGCCGGCGGCCGCUGCCGGACUGCGCGCCGGCGACCGGGUGCUAGCCGUGAACGGCGAGCCGGUCGCUUGCGGCCGCUCCCGGGCGCCGUACGCACGGGUCGUGCAGCUAGCGCAACGGGAGCCCAGGAUAUUGAGGCUCACCGUCGUGCCUAGAGACCACGAUUUGUUGCAAAGGUAUUUCAGCGAAGCAGCUUACAAUCCCGAAACAAAUCAAAGGCCGUUAGACAUGCCGGCGCCGGUUACGGAACAUGAGUCGCGGCUGUUCGACGCCUACCGGAGGCCUAGGGCUGCUUUGCCAGCCCCACAGGCCCCGGCGAGGCAUCGAGAAGACCCGGAGUACGCCAGCGUGGCCUCGCUGGCACCUUCCAGAUACGACGUCUCUAGGCUCACUGGCACACCUCACUAUCUAUUGCAAGAUGGUAGACGAGAAUCAGACACAUCUCUACCAUCCUCGGCAACGGAAAGCAAAGACAGCCUCGGAUCAUUCGACUCGAACUCGACCCUGACCGGGCGAGAGUUGGACGACUCGAUAAUCCUAUCGCGAAUACGAAAAAGUCUCGAACAGAAGGAGGCUUUCCUCCGAAGGCCAAGUCAGCCGACGGGCUGGGUGACCCCGGACGCGCCACCCCCCAUCAAACAGAAGGAGUUCUAUGCCAGGCCUCAAAAAAUGCAGCAACCGGCCUGGCCACCACCAGCCGUGUCCCCACCACCCACCGCAUCCCCACCCCCACAGCCAGCGCCACAGAACUUAGAACGAAAAGAAGAAUGUUCGGCAAGUGUCGACAGCGGCACUUUCAGUGGCUAUGGUGAAGUGAACGGAACACAAAACGAUAAGAGCAGACAGAAGCAGGACAAGAGUCAGUUCGUAUCGACGCUGUCUAAGAUACAGGAGACAGGGCCCAGCUUGAUGGGCACUAAUAUUGGUCCGGUUAAUGGUGCGACGGACGGCAAGGAUGCUAAUGAAGAUAAUAAAUACCCGGUGUCGGAGCUGCAGCUGGUGACGGCGCGCACGCGGCAGCUGGAGGAGGCGCGCGGCGGCGGCUCGCGGCGCACGGAGGCGGCGCGCAGCGAGCUGGCGCGGCUCAGCACCACGCGCCUGCAGCCCAGCGUCGCGCUGCGCAGGAAGGAGUUCGAGGGGCGCGCUGCCCGCCGGGAGGCGCGCUCGCUCGAUGUGCAGCCACAAGAAUUAGAUGUAGAGUCACAAUUAGGCGGCAGCUUGUCAGGGAAUCAGCUGAUGAUUACUGGCAGCAAACACUUGCAUUGCCCACCACCAGAUGGAUAUGUGCCCGAAACAGAAAAGGUUCAAAUGCGAACAAGGUCAAAUAGUACCGGAAGCGAUGGAUUACCCAUUAGAAGACAUCAUGCCACAGAUGGCAGUCACGCGAAGCGACGAAUGGGCCUGAACAAGGAACAGAUGGAGGCGAUGAACCGCGUGUCGCUGGGCGCAGGCGGGCCGCCGGCGGGCGCGCGCCGCCCCACGCAGCUCAGCCUGGCGCCGCAAGCCGCCGCCGCCGAGCCCUCGCCCACGCCUAGCACGCCCGCCGACUCAGGUUUUGCCGAUGAUUUGGUGACUAGAAGACAAAAGAAAGAUGCUCAACUUGGUGCAGAAGAAGAACGCGCCAUGCGAAGGGUUUCUUACCUGAAAGCUACAUGGGGAGAUCGAUUGCACUUGGACAGUGACGUCGAACCAGACAGCGAUCCACAAGGCCUUAGAGGACUGCGAAAGUGGCGGCCCCCUCGGUUCACGGAUGACAUAACUCCGCUGCUGAGAAUAUUCGACCCGCACGCCUCCCUCCCCGUGCGCUUAACAAAGAAAGGCGAAGAAGAGAUUGCAGAAAGUGUGGUGGAAACCGCAGAAGGAGAUGUACAGGGCAACGUGCAAAUCAAAAUGGUGGUCAGCAAUGGAAAGCGUGCAAGCGACAGAUCUUGGAAGCAGGUGUGGGCGGUGCUGCACGGGACCAAGCUGUACCUGUAUAGACAUCAUCCCAGUCAGGUAUGUUUGGGUGUAUCUUCGAUUUUACUGUAAACAUCAACAUAUGUAUGUAUGUAUAACUAUAAUACGGCUUUUCCUCGAAAAUUUAAUCAACAAGAAGUCUCUAUUUUUCACAUUAGUGUAACAAGGAUAGCAUGAAAUUGAGACAGGGUUUUGUUAUUCCGAUUAUGUGAUUAAUUAUUUGUUAAUGUAUGCUCAUAACGUUUACUCUCGCGUAUUUGAUGUUAUCUCCCUGCUAGUAUGGAACCAAAACGGGAGUCCUUAAUCAUAAGCUGAGAGCAAGCGUAGAGCCGAAAUUUAUAAUUACUUGUUUAACAUGACAACCCUAUUUUCGCUGUCACCGAAGCGUCUCAGGGGUGCAUAAACAAAAAACGUGAGAAAGUGACGUCACAUGUGUUUAAUUAACACAAAAUGUUUUACUAAUGGAUAACGGUAGCCCACUGUAACAUCGGUCACGGCUUAUUACUAUUCUCAUGGCAGCAGUUCUUUCCAGUACGGUGCAAAUGGUAUCGUGUCUUAAGGACGUUUCCAAAGAAUGUGUCUCGGGGCAAAGAAUGUGUUUUAAUAACAAAUAAUUAGAUAAUUGAUUAUUUAAUUAGAAAUAUGUGUUUGUUUGGAUGGAUCGGUUUAAGGGUUUCUAAAAUUGGAUUAGAGAUUCGGACUCGUAACAUAAAAGUUCCAUGGCAUUAUAGAUUAAAAACAUGUUGGUUGAACGGGAUGCCGCUUCAGUAUUUUUUAAAUUUAGUUUUUCAAUAUUUUGUUAGUAUAGCGGCAACAGAAGUACAUCGUCUAUAAGAAUUGCAGCCGUAUCGUGCCGCACCGUAUUCGAUCUAUAAAAUGUCGCCUGGUGGCACACGGACCGAAGGCGGAGUCUUAUUAUAGGAAGUAAGAAACACCAAAAACUACGCCUCGUGUGACUCAGAUAUGUCAACUAGACAUAUUAAAACAUUUCUAUCAAUGUAAUUCGAAAAUCUUCAAAUUUCCUAUCCCCGUUUCCGUAUAACAAAGUCAUAAUAUUAAUUUGUCUUCAGCUAUGUCCAGCCUUGCUUGACAAUCGGCCGAAAAAAAGUGUUUUGACGUAACAGAUGCGUAAAAGACGUUAUACUGACGUAAUAGGACGACACCCCUCUACGUGUAUAUGUAGGUACAGUAGUAAAGUAGUACAGUCAGCAAAACAGUCGGUAAUAAAGUUAGAUUUACAAACUAUUUCGAUUUCUAAUAUUUGUGAAUGGACUUGGAUUGGACUUGAAUUCUUCUCUUCUAUCAAAUUUCCCAGUUCUAAGUACAUUCCUAUUGUUUUCUUACAUUAAUACAACGCAUACCUUAUUGCAUAUAGUACUUGAAGCGAUAAAUUCUAGUGAGAAACUUCUUCGCAACGUAACGCGUUACGGCGCCUCUUAUAUUGGCUUCCAUUCCUCUUACGCAUACUUCUGCUGGAGGAGCUUUCUGCUCUCUCACAUUAGUUUAAGUUAUAAAUUCUUUCUAACUUUUCUAGCAAGGGUACUUUUAUUGUUUUGAUUACCGGUUGCUGCCGCUACAAAUCGAAAAUGAUCCUACCGGAACAUGAAAGCUGUAUAACUUGCCUUUUGCCUGAAAGAGUAACAAACAUCCAUACAGAAAAACUUUCACGUUGUUUAUAAUGUUAGUGGAAUAUCUUCAAUUUCUAACCUUUAUGUCAAACGUUUCCUGCUAACUGUACGCGUAUAGUUGUGUGCCCGGGUACUCUCGUUACCUGUCGUCACUCGCUUUAGAAAUAGUGCUUCUAUUUAUAGCAAAGUGUACGUCAGUCCGUGAUUUACAGCUUUGAUCGCGGCCUUGCGGUAAUUACUCCGCGGUAAAACUUUACGGAAAUGUAUUUUAGCUGUGGAAAGCGCUACCAUUUGAAUUGUGCUUGAGGAAUUUAUUUUUAAACGCUGAGUUUUAUUUUUUAUUUACGUUUUUUGGCUUUAAGGUUCACACUUGAGAAUAUUUCAUGCAUUAAGUUUAUGUAGGUUUAAGUUAAUUGCGGAGAAAAUUCUACAUUUUGUUAUAGUUAAAAGCCUCCGUGAACUAAUUUGUAUACGUGACAUUUUCUGAAAAACGUUCCUUUUUUCUUCCUUGUAUGACUUUAUGGUCACAAAAUGCACACAUUUAGAUUUUAAUUCAAGUUUUGCAUUCAGAUCCUGUACGCAACUAUCCCUGCAUACAUUUACAUAAAAAUGUUUUACAACCACAAACCAGUAGGAAGGAAUAGUCGUAGAAUUAUGUAGAUACAGUUACUAUCUCCGCCUGUGUAUCUAGACUCCCACGUUUCGCUCUAUCUAGUUUACAACUGGAAUAUAAAAAAAAACGUAGAUAAUAUUAUGAGUCUAAUUUUAAGUCGUGAGGUUAGAUUAGCUAUUCUCGUCUUAACAGUGAGAUAAUUUGACAGAAACUGUUAAGUUGUAUGCAAAAUAUGCCUAGACUUACUUGUUUAAGAACAAGCAUUUGAGGGUCUCACAUCUCUUUUCUUACGGGGAUCGAACCCGUGAUACGUCGCGCAUACGAGGUGCACACCGAUAACCUAUACCACUCGACUAUCCAUGCAGGGCUUAGAUCGAAAAUCGUAUAAAAACAAACAUUUCGAUGUUUUGGACAUAUUAUGUCCGCUUUAAAUAAUAGAAGUCGUACUAAGCGGUUUUAAAUUGACCAUUAGUGUCACGCGCUAUUGAGUGGAUCCAAUUGUUAUUCAGCCGGAUUUUUCCUAAAUGAUUCCUAAAUUUAGUUUACGCGUUUACGGCGACCACAAUCAUUUUCGAUAAUACUUUCGGAAUGUUUGUUUAAUCUAACUGUAAUAUCGCGUGAGAAAUUGAGUAAUAUUUUUUAUAGUAUUUUCCUUUAGGUUUUUCCUUAAAUUUAAGACGCAUGACAUUCUUAUAUACCUAUUGAGAAAACAAACUUUGGGUAGAGUGCGCCUAGAAUACUCGGCCAUUUUCUCUAUAAAUGAAGUAUACAAAAAAUCUGUUAAUAUCUUGACAAAGAUAAUAAAUAACAUUUAUUAAAAAAAACAAAUACGGAAGUAUUAAAAUUCAAUCAUUUUCAACUGCCAGUCUAUUAUAAAACUAUUCUUUAUCGUCUGCUACCGAAAUAAUUAAGUCGCUCUCCCCAAACCACUGCUUUUUCGAGAAGACAAAUAUCUUCCCAUAAAAUAGGACUAAAAUCCAUUAGUUAGUUGAUAUAUAUGUUUUAUAGUUAAUCAACCUCUUAAAAUAUAACAAAGGAUAGGCGCGUGUUAGUGAUAUUUAUGCUCUAUAAGUUAUUUAUACUGUGGCUUUACGUAGGGCUACCGCUCAUGUACAAAAUACUUAAAAAUACCAUGUAUUUUUAACUAUUUUUAUCGAAUUUCGGUAUAUGAGUAGGUUAAUUACUAUCGUUAAACGGCAAGUUUUGUUUACUUCAAGUUAAAGAUUGUCCUAAAAUUAAUAUGAAUCUUUAAUAUACAAAUAUUACAUUUCAUUUAAAAUACAAUCUGUAUUUACUUCAAUUUUUCUUGUACUAGUUUACGAAUGAAAUAUUCAAAUACUUUAACCCACCAAAACCCAGGUCAUUGUAGCAAUGCAUACUUUUUAUCUAAAAAUACGCUCAGCGAUGACCCUAUCCACAUGUCGUGCGUUUUACCGUUUGCUGCAGCGGCCACAGUAACGCACUGCGAGAAUUAUGACCACAGACUACAAUAAAUUUAGAUGUACAAAGAAAUGCACUCCGGGCCGGUCGGGGCCUUACAGAGGACGCCGCAUCGAAGCUAUUUUAGAAAUGUCAAACUAGACCGAGGCCGUGUCUGUUUUGUUAUAAACCUAUGGUUUAAUGCCAGUGCAGGCUUAGGAGCGAUGAAAUAACACUGUAAUAGCAUUAUGAUGGUACGAGGAAAAUUUUCCGUAAAUAUGUGACAGUUAAUAAACAUUUUUACACAUAAACCCAUGUAUUUUAUGAAACAUUAUGUUACAAGUUUCUACCAGUGUUUUUCGAAAAGUAUUGUUUUUGAAAGACAUUUAAAAAUGCAAGGUCACUCUUUAGGCUCAAAAAAAUUUGUUAUAGUUUUUUUAUUUCCCAUAAAUCAUUCCUAUAACAUAUUUUACGCACUAGUUUACCGAGCGUUAACCAGAUCAAGGCGAUACAUUGCAAUUCGGAAUAACGACCUUUGUUUCCGUACAUAAUAACAUUUAUAAUUGGGAUGAUCCCACAGCGAUAUGAUCCCUUAUCAAAUGUUAUUAUGGUACCACUAUAUCUAGAUAGAUUCUUGUUACUGAAACUUACAAUCGACCAGAAGGCACCGGUUCUAGCUAAUUGCCAUAUUUAUGAUCGUUGCCGUCAAAAGAACAUACGCUGUGCUGUCACGCUUCCACAACCAAGCCUUUAGUAUUCAUUGCAAUUAACAAUAGAAAUUAUAUCGAUGUCACGUAGAUUAGAUAUCACGAACACUAGACAUACCAACAUUUAGCACAAACAUUUGUGAAUCACACAAACGUUUGACCCAAAUGCUUGCUGUCACGGAUCAAACCGCAGCAAGCAUACCUCAUGACUUCCGUAGCUACAUCCAUAUCUAUAUCGAUACAAAGUCUCUAUGGUACUACUAUCUGUUUACUAACAUUUGUUUUCGUAACUCUCCUCUUCGUUAAUUUCUCAUCGUAAACAAUGUUGAUGUAAAAAGUCUUCACACCCUUACAAUGGCCUCGAAAUGUUCUCCGCAAGUCGCACGUGCACAAAACUAUUAAUAAAAUAACAGCCGCUGUUAUUGGCGGCGUGUGAACUUUUAUAAGUGUUCAAUCACUUCCUACUUUCACGAUAGUAGAGGAACCUUAAAGAUAAUUUAAUUUGAAGGGAAAAUCGAUUUAAAUACAAUAAGUACCUUGUAGGUUUUGUUUUAAUCUUGUAUCGCAAUUCGAUAAACAAAAACAUACACUAGAAGCAUAUACAGUGUCCUUUUCGCCUCGGGUGAAAACAAAGGUACCAUUUUGUUAUAAGCUCGUCAAACCUCUAUAAGACAAGCUCACAAUAUAAAGCAAAUAUCCUGUGAUAUUUUAGUACAACCUAUUUCAGGUGGUGCGGUUAUAGCCUUAAGUAAUAGCCAGUUGACGUCAUCACCUACUUCUCGAUACGUUACCGCGUUCUUUUUAUUUGAGCUCUUGCUUUAUGGCACAGUAUUUCAACUCCCACGCGACACCUCCGGCUGUAUUAGUGUCCUGCUUUUAUCUUAAGGGAAUAAACAAAGGAAGGCUUUGGUUAAACCCCCAGUCUUUAUAUAAAAGUAUAUCCUAAUAGAAGCACUCGGUUUAUUGCAAAACCAUAUAAUAAGUAUGACCUAACUAAAUUUCAUCAUAAUCGCAUAAUUCAUUGGUUUGGUAUACAUUUGUUUAGACAAAUAUCAUUUAAAUACUGACUAAAAUUUGUCUUCUAACAUUUACAGGGAUCGAUAUCAAUUUGACAUUUCACAUUAUGUUCACUACCAGAUACAUAAUUAUAGUUGUACAUGCGAAAUCUAAACCGAUAUUGAUUUCUAACCGCAGAAUCGAUUGCCGGGCAACGCUGUCGAUGGCAGCGGAAGCGAAGCUCGUAUUAUUGUAUAUGUACCGUAUGUUCCACAAGUUCGCCUUGCAGCCAGAUAAGUCUCGCUAAGGCUGUAUAUGUCGCUCUAGUUCUCGAGCUGGGCAGCCAGGAUAUAUAUAGGCCGGUUACCAUUUAAAAUGCACAUUCAUGAAUCGAGUUUUAUGAUGUACAAAAUCUCUAUAUCAACCUUUACGAAGUCUGUUGCAUAAAUUUUACUCGUAUCGUGAUUCGAGUGAUUCGAUAGUAAACAUGUAAAAAAAAUAGUUCACAAAGAAAUUUAAUACUAGGAAUAAUGAACAUUUACUUAGAGCAUAAGUUGAUACGUGUUGAUCUAGAUGGCCCACCAUGUAGCAAAUGGUAAAAACUUUAAGAUCACAAGAAAGAAGACUGGUUCGCUUCAGGACUGGUUGCAGACAAACCCGUCUCCAGAGUUCGUUGUAGGCUCUACAGGUUGUUAAUACUAACUUUUUUCUAUAAUAAUUGAAUACGAAACAAGAUAUGAAACUCCUUAGUCAAUAUAAAACGAUUUCUUUAUAUUAAUGAAAUAAGUCGACCUCUUUUUAAAGAAACUUCUUCGGUGAACGUAGAAAUAUUAAACGUAAUAUUAUUGCGAUGUUCUAUUUCUGUUUGCGCAUUUCAAAGUCCUUGACACCCCAUAAGGGAAAUACUGACCUACAUACUUCCUGACCUCUUCAAACGAAGGCAGAGACUUUGUUUUACAUUGCAUAAAUACGACCUCUUACUGUGAGGUUGUUGCAAUUGCUAAAGCAAGACGCUGCUCCACGCCGCGUAGCGUGCUAUCCCUUUUUCACAACUGCAAGGCUUAUUCGAAGAAUUAGUGGUAGGGCAAAGAUAGACGACUUUAUAGAGAUUUAUGUUAGUAUUAUCCUACGCAAGAUCUAGGAUUAGGCCCACGCUAACAGUGCAUUGAAUCUAUCAUGCAUACUCUUCACGAAGGUCGGAUUAAUAUUUAAGGCACGCAUCCUUCAAGUUAGUAUCGUUUAAUUGCAUAACUUAAUUGUUUUCCUGAGAGAUUAUAUGCUUCGUGUUUGUUCUAAUCAGCAUUCAAUUAUAAUUGGUAUUCUAAAGUGUGGGUAAACAAUCAUUCUGAUUACUUAAGCCCGAAUUUAAUUUCGGUUUCUCUAUCGUAAAUCAGAAACACGAUCGUUAAGACGAAUGCAAAAAUAAGAUUUAUAUUUUUGCGUGUUUCAAAAAAGUUGCAGAUAUCGUUUGAUAUUUCGCGGAAAGCGUUAAUUAAAGCGUUUAUCAUAAAUCUAUCGUUGUGUAUUGUAGACCACAAUAUAGAGCAAGGCUAAGUUGUCAUUAAUUUUGAUUCGCCUUGUAAUUGUUUUGUGGGAAUGCUACUCCAUCCUUCAGAGCACCCGUUUGGCGGAUACCAAUAUACCGUCUAGUUUCCUGUGAAACAAUAAUUACAAAAGCUUUUUGUCUGAAUAUUUCAUGAUUAUGAUUGGUAAUGUCAUGUCAGAAUGUGCGUGGGUUCGGAUACCAAUGACUCGACCUUCCUGAUGCUAGUGAAGGUUUUUAAUUAUUAUUUUACUAUUUUUAACUCGAAUAUUUGUUGUACUAUUAAAACUAGGUAACCUUCAUUUAACAGACAAAAAUGAAUUUCGGUGAUGGAAACGAUAGCUGCUAACCACGUACUUCUAAUGAACUCUAUUUUUUGACAUUAGUUAAACAUAUUUAGUGUUUGGAUUCUUGAACGUUGAUCAUCAUUUUAAACGCUGCGAUUACCGGUAAUGUCUUGAAUAUCAGAACAACGAAACACAGUGAUAUUCAGUUUAUUUGUCAAUAACUUAAAUAGAUGAACAUUUCCUUAGCACGAUCGUUGCUUAACUUUAACAUGUAUGUUCUCUGAAAAUUCUACAAACCUGAGGUAACACCGAGAUACAGUCAUAAUAGUUUCAUAAGUUAAUAUUUUGUAAGCAAUCUGAAUACAUUUACUCAGCGUGGCGUUUCGAAAGCUUCCGUUUAAUCUUAUCAUAUUAAUUAGCGGUGUUUCGUCUCUACAAUUAAUUGGUCCACUCUACCGUGGCUCCGCGCGUACUUAGUAAUUGUGGAUUAAAAUACUGCUAAUAUGUAAACUUUAUUGGUAUAAUUGCAAUACCAUUGGACUUUAUAGGGUUUCAAAUAGUUUCAAAUAGACUUCAUAGAAAAAUAAAACUAUCAGAAAUAUAUUUUCAAAUAGAUGCGUAGUGAUUAUUUAAUGCUAAUUUGACGCUACUGCUAGUUUUCUUAUUAUCAUUACGUGUUUUGUUUAUUUUUAAUAUGAAUUCCUGCUUCAAAUAUGAACUACUUAAUCAAUUUGUAAAAUAUCUUAUAUAUAUAUAUAUCUAUUGCAGAGAGUUCUUUAAUAAUAAAUCUCACUUCCGCGAUAUAAGCAAGCAUACUCGGUAACUGUCUCGUCUUCGACUUUUAACUACUUCAUUUAUAUUUGAACACCUACGUCAUGUAGAUACCAAAUCCAAUUAAAUAGAUCAAAUUGAUACUAGAUUUAUUUGAAAGACAUUUGUUACGUAAUUUCAUUCGUUGUCAUAAAACGGAGAUGUCACAUCGACAAUAAAACUUCACGCAUCUCACUAAAGAGAAAGAUUUCACUUUCCGAUGACGAGUGGGCGUAUAUACAGGCUGGAUUCAAUUGGACUUGGGUAUAUUAAAGGUAGUUAAAUAUAACUAUAAUUGCAUAUUAUGAUUGAUAAUACCUCUUUAUAUGUAUAAAAAGACGUCGAAGAAUAAGUAUAAAUGGCUAAAUUAACUAAAUUCAAAAAACAAGACUUUUUUUAUUCAAUUAAAACUGCCCUUGGCACACAAACAACUGGGAUAGGAUUUCGCACCAUUAAAAUUCAAAUUAUAUUUUUUAAGCAUAUGUCAAUAAAUUCAGAUUCAUCAACUGUUUUCUACUACAACAUGAGCAGCUUUUACGUCAAAAUCUGUCGAAACUUGACGUCAAUAUUCUAUGUUAAUCUUUUAAACGUCCUUCGUUUAUACACCAUCCUGUAGAUGUAACAAGUUUAACGUCGAACCUUGACACAGCGGCGAGGGCCGGAUAUCGACGGGGCUGGGGAGGCAGGACGAACUAUUUCCUGAGGACUAACAAGCCUUCGAGAUACCAUAACUACUAAUAACUAUGUAUACUAUGCUGUCUGUAUGUGAUUGGUAGGUUAUGAGACCAUCACAUUUUGGGACUGUGCACCUAGAGACAUUAUUUUAACGUUUUAAAAGUGCCUCAAAAACGGCCUAUUCGAAGAAAGUUUUUCUUUUCAGAUUUUGAAUUUCUCAAAGAGAAGUCAGCAAGGUCUUGGGAGCCGAUACCUGUUGAGUGUGUGGACGAAAAAACAGCUAUGAGAAGUAAUUUUGCACAAAACCUGACGAUUUUGAUUACGAUAUCGUCUAUCCGUCGUUCGAAACAAAACACGUCCAACAUGUAUUAUUUUUACACAGCAAAUACCAUAACUGUAUAAGGAUAGAGCAAAUGAGGCAACAACAGAAUAAGGCUGUAAGCUGUUUGAUAGACUCGCAUUUUUUUGUAUAUUUUGAUACAUAAAUUUAAUAAGCGUUAUGUUUUCUAAGUUCAUUGGUAUCCAUCGAAAUAUAACAGUAGGUAAUAACAUAGGUAUUCUUACAUACAUACAAUUAUCGCAUUAUUAUAUCAGGUGUCAUUCCUGCCUUUCAUCAAUUACGUAGCAAAUCUAUAACAACAAAUUAUCUUCAACAAGGAACUGGCAAGAAUUUGGUAUUAACACCUUUAUGUUCUACGCAAUAAAGUCGAUUAUCGCAAUUCGUUGUUAUUGCUACGUGGUCCAAUACACGUAAUUUCUAUUUAAGCUAAUAGUAGUGUGGAAUUAGUUACUAGUAGACGUAAGACCAACGUAUUCAAAGUAAUAUUUUUAGCACUUAUGGAUGUCGUAAUAAUUACAUUACCGUGUUGUGGAAUCUCAACAUCCGCAUCGUAAAUCUUAAGAUACUUAACUACUUCCUGUUAAAGGAUAUGAUUUAAUUACAGGCUCGGUUAGAAACAAUUUAUUAGCAAAUACUUGUGAAUAAACAAUUGUUAAAGAAAUGGAUCUAAACCGCUUUUUGAUAAAACCUUCUUAGUCUAUGCAUCUCUUUGUUAAAGAACUGUUUAAACCUCUUAAAUAAAUUAUACCGUGGCAAGAAAUUACAUUGUCUCGUACAAACUUGCAGACACAGAAUUUGCUCUAUAAUAUCGAUAGUUAAUGAGUAAUUAAACUGUCUCUUAGAUGGAGCAGUUUAGCAACACAUUCGGCAUCGUUUGAAGUUCAGCCUGUGUCGGCAAAUACAAAGGGAAUGGCGCUCUAAUUAUUCCUUUGGACGUCGUAUAAGGCGACUAAUGGAACACUAUCUUAAUGACAUUUUGAGAGCUCUGUCUGAACUAACCACUUGUCACGUAUAACGAAAUGUACUUUCAUUAUAAAUGUAGGUUAUAUGAUAGCUGUUAAUUUUACUUGCGUAAGAAGAAUAAAGGAUUUUAUGAAUAGAAAUUAGGAAGUCAAAGUAAUGCUUGUAGGUAAAUAUAUAAUUAAUAUCACUAGGAUAGUAGUCCGCUCCAAAUAUUAACUCAUCAUUACAUAGAACAGACAUAUUUAUAAAUCACACUUUUACUACGAAAGCAAAAAGCGAUACAGAAAGAUUACUUUCAUUUAUGAUUUCCUAACGACAUCUUUUUCACUAGAAUUCAUCAUACACGCCGUCUGUCCGACACUAAUACGAUUCCAGUAACGAAAUGUUCUAAUUGGAAGUUUGGGCGGG